CUUUCGUCUCUCUACCUUCUCUCUGCCUUUUCCUCUUCAAACUCUCUCUCUCUCUCUUUCGCAGAGAUUGGAUCAUUCUCUGUCUUCUUCUUCUUCUUCUUCCCUUCUUUAUUUUCAUUUUCACAGCUACAAAAACCAAAUCGGACGGCAGCUGCUUCCGGCGUGGCGGAGCUUACAGAAGUCUCCACCUGUUUCGGCUUCAUCACUCCCGCCCACUGUAGCUCGUAUUUGUACAACAAUCUCAAGUUUAAUUUGAGGGCAAUCCACAACAUAUGAAAGCCUUGUUACUCUAUGAAGGAGAUUAAGUCAUGGAAAGUUUUGGUGAGAAAAAGGAGUACAAUCCCUGACGGGGGGAAAUGUGAGUUAAAAAUGAAGCAGUUUCAAUUUAUGGGUGUUAUUUGUGCGGUAAUGCUGUUCAUUGUGUAUAGAACUACAAAUUAUCAGUACCAUGAAACACAGAUGGAAGCAAGAUUUAGCCCUUUUGAGAGAGUUAAGGACAUUCAAGUAUCUUCUUCAAAGUUAAAGAAUUUGCCUCGUGGCAUCAUACAAGCUCGCUCAGAUUUGGAACUGAGGUCUCUGUGGUCAACAAGUAGUUCAAGGUCGAAGGUCAAUGUUUCCAGCAACCGUUACCUUCUGGCUAUGCCAGUUGGUAUUAAGCAAAAGGAACAUGUUAAUGUUGUUGUGCAGAAGUUUCUUGUAGAGAACUUUACCGUUAUCCUGUUCCAUUAUGAUGGCAAAAUGGAUGGAUGGUGGGAUUUUGAUUGGAGUGACAAAGCCAUACACAUAAUAGCUCAAAACCAAACUAAGUGGUGGUUUGCAAAACGCUUUUUACAUCCUGAUAUUGUGUCUAUUUAUGACUACAUAUUUCUCUGGGAUGAAGAUUUGGGGGUGGAGAAUUUUCAUCCAGGAAGGUACCUGCAAAUUGUGAAGUCAGAGGGACUGGAGAUAUCCCAGCCAGCUUUAGAUCCAAAUUCAACAGAAAUACAUCACAGAAUUACUGUUCGUGCAAGAAAAAAGAAGUUUCAUAGAAGACUGUAUGACCCUAGAGGUCAUACAAAGUGUAUGAAUUCAAGUGAAGGGCCACCAUGUUCUGGAUUUGUUGAGGGAAUGGCUCCAGUGUUUUCAAGAUCUGCCUGGUACUGUUCUUGGCAUCUUAUACAGAACGAUCUUGUUCAUGGAUGGGGAAUAGAUAUGGAGUUUGGUUAUUGUGCACAGGGUGAUCGUACAAGGAAGGUGGGAGUGGUUGAUAGUGAAUAUGUUGUUCAUCAAGGGAUACAAACUUUAGGGUUUGGAGGAACCCAAACGAUAAAGGGUAAGGUACAGAGACAUAGACCUUCACAUGGCGAUUCACGAACUGAGGUUAGUUAUUCCCUAAUAUACCGUAAUCUAAGUGAUCCACAAACUGAGGUUAGUUAUUCGCUAAUAUAUAAUCUAAGUGAUCUGUGAUCUACAUCUUGCUAUUUUGAUCUCCACAAAUUAUCCGCAUGUAUUGAAUGAUCUCUUUUUUACUGUACCCAAUAACCAUAUGAAAGCCAUGUAACAGGAUUGAUGGUAUUAUAGACCGUCAAUGCCUUUAGAGUUGAAAUAUCUCAUGAAGUUUACCACCUGCAGAUUCGGAGGCAGUCAACAUGGGAACUUAAAGCCUUCAAAGAGCGCUGGAAUCGUGCUGUCAAAGAGGACAAUAACUGGGUCGAUCCAUUUGCAAGAUACCAAAGGCGCAGAAAACCAAGAGGGCACAAAAAUUAAGUGGGAAGUUUUAGUUAAAACCCUCAACCUUAUAGUUCAGCUUCACCUCACACACAGUUACAGAAGUCUCUUUCUACACAUUUACAAUUUAGUUCACUUAGCCUUUGUUGGAUACUCAUAAUUAUUUCAUUUAUUUGAAUAAUUAUAUUUUUUUGAUUUUGAGUUAUAUAAUGAGAAGUUAUUUUCUCACAUCUUUUAAUCUACUUUAUUUACAUGUUAUGUGAUUCAAAACUUUUUAUUUUUACUAUAAGAAGAUUAUUAUUAAAUUAUUUAAAUAGUU